AUGGGAUGUCGACGCCGGAACCGCAAGAAAAAAUGCGACGAAGCUCGCCCCGAGUGUCUGCGAUGCAAAACACUCGGACUACGUUGCGAAUGGCCUACAGCCGGAGACCUCGUCGAUCGGCGUUGUGCAUCGACUCGUACACGGCGCUCCGUCUCUCCUCAAGAGCACCUUGAGCCGAAAACAGCAGGCCUUGAGGUCACCUCUGCACACCGAGCACUCUUGGACCCCAGAAUCAGUCUUUUCUCGGCCUCAACUACUCAUCAGGUGCUCAAGCAGGACCUGAAGCCAGUCAUCUCUCGCCAUUUCAUGGACAUAUAUUAUGGACUACUGAUCUUACCGAACUGCCACCCAGAAUACUACUGGGGAUGGAUCAAAGAGAUCCAGGAACUCAUGGUCCAGCAUGAGAGCCUCCAGUACUCAGUCCUUGCGAACGCUGCAUCCCACAUCCACUUUAUUGAUGACUCUUCUACGAUGCAAGAGCUCGCCCUUACCUAUUAUUCGCAGGCGUUAAGGGGUCUUUCGGAACUCUUGGUGAAGGCCUCUCAGGUGGAGAACCACAACGGCCUAUUGAUGACGGUCAUGCUACUCUAUCUUCAUGGCUGCCUGGGAAGGGGCACGUACACUGACAUUCCGCGCCAUGUCGACGCGGCCAUUCGAAUUCUUACUCUCCGCCUACUAGAAAGUCCAAAAGGGAUCAGCCGCCCCUUCGACCGAUUGGCGGUGGAGAGUGUCCUCUAUCAGAUCUUCCUUGCCACGACAGGCUCAUGGUCCAAUCCCACGGAGAUCGAAGAUCGCUUCGAUACCAAAUUCUGGACCCAAGCAGAACAACUAUUGUCUCGAUCAACGCUAUUUCCAGAUCGUUCAAUUAGCUACAAUAGUCCGGUGUUAGGCAUUCCUUUUGCUCUUUUCAAGUUGGCCUUGUCCAUUAAAACCCUGUACCAGAACCCGGUCGGCCCAGAUACUCAAACCCUGGAAGAAUAUAAAGCCGAGCUGGAAUACUGGGAGUGCGCACUUCUCUGCGAUCGGGACGUCGAUGCCAUCGGUGGCGACGAAGAACCCAACUGCGCACCUCAAAUCUACAAGGACGCCGCCUUUCUCUACAUUCUGAAUGCUUCUAUGCUCCUUGAGCAGUUGAUGCAAGGACAUCAUGCGCCAGGUCCACCUCGUGCCCAUGACGUUGAGAGCUGGCAAGUUGGCAAGGCUCGCGAAAUCCUCAAGCUACACCGCAACGAUGGCCAUUGGGCAAGAUGCUACAUUGGCAACUGGCCCAUUUACACUCUGGGAUUUUUCAUGAGCACACCCGAGGACAUUGAUCUGGUACGAAAUGAGUUGCGAAGGAGAUGGAACUGUAUGCAAUUCGGCCAGAUCGGUCGCUUCGCGACAGAUCUCGAAAAUACCUGGGCUAAGCGAGGAUAUGGAAACUGA